UUGAUAGUAAACGAAUUAAUAACACAUACAAACACAUCAAUUUUGAUUAUAGCCAAGAAAGGAGCAGAUAUGAUAAAAACGAAUUGGCUCGGAAAGAAUGAGCUACAAAAAAAAUAAUUGAAAGUCGUAAAGUAAACUUUAAGUUCUUAUAAGCCACGAUGCUUCCUUAAUUGGAAGUUUCUUUUUCUUUUAUAACGUAAAAAAAGAAACGUAUCGUUUUUAUCGUAAUGUUAAAAAAUAUUCUUUUAAUUGUUUUUUGGUAUAUGGGAUCAUUAUAAAUAUAAAUAAAUACUAUAUUCGAUUAUAUAAAUAUUACGUCGCGGGUUAUGGAUUGAGCCUUCAAAGUUUCACCGGAGUAUAUAUGGUUGCCUAUUCGUAGGCAUUCCUAUAUAUUUUAUAUUUACAUUGAUUUUGAUAUCUUUAUAAUGAAAAAUUAUACGCAUCGAGUACUAUAUACAAUUGAGAUAGAAAAUAUUUUCAUUAUUUCAUAUACUAAAAUGGAUAAAAAAGAACGAUCUUCUCAAUUGUAUAUAUUACGUAUUGUAUCUGUGUGUUAUAUAAAAUCCACAUAAUAAACUGCUUGCUUCACAAUCGCAUGAUUUUAUCAUAGUUCCCAACGAUAAUUCACUUAAUAAGAAAACUAUUAAAAUAAUGUUAAUGGAUGAGUACACACAUACACUAUAUUGAUAUAAAUUAUAAUUAUGAAUGAAUGCUAAUUUUCUGGUUAUGUAUUCUAUUGAGUAAAAUAUGUAUUUAUGUUAAAUUGUUUAAAUAUUAACAAAUAUUCCUGCGAAGUAUAUAACUGAUAAUAAUUUGUAACCCCUGAUGAAAGAGGUAAAGAGCAAAGAACAGAAAUGAUCGAUUAAGUCGAAUGCGGGUACACAUGUUUAUUGAUUUCGAAACUAACUAUGAAAGAGAAAUUAUUUGUAAGAAAUACGUAAAAAACAAGUUUUAUGUUGACAUAUAUAAUGGAAAUUGAUUAAUGUUUUAUGUCGAAUGAACUGAUAAAAUUUAUAUUAACCUACAUACUGUAAAAAAAACAUCAUACUUAUUAUAGGCGAUUUAACUUAUUCUAUUUUUUAACAGUCAUUUCAUCAUUAUACAUAUUAAUAAAUAAUAUACGUAACAACUUAGCAAAAACGAUUUGAUAGUUUUAUAUUAAUCAUCAUAAAUUUAAAAGAGAUCUAAAAUGUCUAUUUAUAUGAUAAUUACAACUCUUAAGUUUUAAAAAAAAUUUUUAUAAAUGUCGAUAAGACAUGCAUUUUGAUAAUACGGUAAGAGAAUAAAUUUCUCGUCUGACCUAAAAUCUAAAUAUACGAACAUUGGCGAAAUCUUAUAAAAUACCAAGUAGAAUGGAGACUUUCUUUUCACUUAAGUGAGCAAAUGUCAUUAUCGUGCGAUUUUUACCGGCAAAGAAUACUCCAAGUUUGUUAUGACAUCAUUGCAAAUGGAUUAAACGUAAAAGUAAAAGUAAAAAGACUCUAGAAAAAAAAAAAAAAAAUAUAAUAAAAAAUUGUUAUGAAUAAUUAUGCACCUUGAUCUAUAUCACAAUUACCAUGCCAAGCCUAAGUAUUAAUGAGCAGCUAAAGGGUUAGAGGCAAAGAAUAAAUAUAUACUAAAAGGCUCGUGAUAGGCUUAAUAAGAAAGAAUUUAAAAAUGGUGGCUAAAGUAAUUUCGUCAUAUUAAGGUGGUGGUAGUCAAGGUUUAUAUGUUUCAUCGCCACAUUCGAACUUUCAGUCUAUCGCUUUCUCUGACACAGUGAGCUGCACGAUCCGUCUCACAAUGAAUGUAUGUGAAACUAUACUAAUAAAUAUCGCGUUUACAAUUAAUUGACUUAAAAUUAUGGAAAAAUAAUGUCGAGACACAUCGAUAAAUGACGUACAUUGUGAUAUUUCUAACGAAGACAUUUUGGGAAGACACUCUUUGUGUUCUAAUUUUUAAGUGAUCGCUUUAACAUAAAGCAAACGAAUUACUGUAUAUGGACGGUUUCGCUUUGAUCGAAGAAAAAAAUAAAGGCCUAACUAAUUAAAAGUAAAAAUCAAUGAUGACGAACAUUAUGACAACUGCAGCAGCAGCGAUACAAACGAAUAUAUUUGCGCUCGGUAUCGGAAAACUGAGUAUCAUACCGAUUUUAAUAUCUGCCUUAACUUACUUCAAUUAUUAUCUAAUGGAUCCCGAAAAUCAACCACGAGUCACAAAAAAUCUAUUAAAGGAAUACGAUUUCGUAGUGGUCGGUGGCGGUUCAGCUGGUAGCGUUGUUGUUAACAGAUUAACAGAGAAUCCAGAAUGGAGUGUACUUCUUUUAGAAGCGGGAGGUCACGAAACCGAGAUUACGGACGUACCGAUUUUGUCUCUCUAUUUACACAAAAGCAAAUUGGAUUGGAAGUAUAGAGCUCAACCACAAGAUAGUGCUUGCCAAGCGAUGAAUGAUCAACGUAGUUGUUGGACCCGAGGGAAGGUAUUAGGAGGUUCAAGCGUACUUAAUACCAUGUUGUAUAUUCGUGGGAAUCGUCGUGACUUUGAUCAAUGGGAAAGCUUUGGUAACCCUGGUUGGGGAUACGACGAUGUACUCCCAUACUUUAAAAAGUCACAGGACCAAAGAAAUCCAUAUUUGGCGCGGAACACCAAAUACCAUAGCACAGGCGGUUAUUUAACUAUUCAAGACUCUCCUUAUAAUACGCCUCUGGGUCCAGCCUAUCUUCAAGCUGCAGAAGAAAUGGGUUAUAACAUCGUGGAUGUAAAUGGCCAACAACAAACAGGCUUCGCAUUCUUUCAAUAUACAAUGCGCAGGGGCGCUAGGUGUAGUGCAGCCAAGGCAUUCGUACGUCCCAUCAAAUUUCGAAAGAAUUUUCACCUAUCGUUAUGGAGCCAUGUUACGCGUAUUCUCAUAGAUCCAAGUACCAAAAGAGCAUACGGUGUAGAAUUUAUUAGGAAUGGUCGUGUUGAGACGGUAUUUGCGAAGAAAGAAGUUAUACUUUCGGCAGGUGCUAUAAACACUCCUCAAUUAUUGAUGCUGUCUGGAAUCGGUGCUAAGAAUCACCUCGAAGAUCUUGGUAUUCCAGUGAUUCAAGAUUCACCUGGCGUUGGACAGAAUCUUCAAGAUCAUAUAGCCGUUGGUGGUCUAAUAUUCCUCAUCGAACACAAGAUCAGUUUAGUAUUAACUCGUUUGGUGAACAUAAACGCAGCAUUGAGAUAUGCAAUUACUGAGAACGGUCCUCUAACUUCGAGUAUUGGUCUCGAAGUAGUAGGCUUUCUACCCACUAAAUAUGCCAACCAAACCGAUGAUUGGCCAGAUAUAGAAUUUAUGAUUACUUCUACCUCAAUUAAUAUCGGUGGAAAACAAACAAUAAUCGCCCAUGGCAUAUCUACCGAAUUUUACAAUGAAGUCUAUGGAGAAAUCAUUAAUCAAGAUAGUUUCAACAUUUUACCAAUGUUGCUCAGACCUAAAUCUCGUGGAUAUGUGAAAUUAAAAUCGAAAAAUCCGCUCGAUUAUCCAUUAAUGUAUCACAAUUAUUUGACGAAUCCAGAUGAUGUUAAUGUUUUACGUGAAGGAGUCAAAGCAGCAAUUGCAUUUGCUGAGACGAGUAGCCUGAAAAAAUUAGGAACAAAAUUUCACAGUAAGCCAUUGCCAAAUUGUAAACAUCUUCCAAUGUUCACAGAUGAAUAUUGGGAAUGUGCAAUUCGUCAAUACACAAUGACAAUUUAUCACAUGAGCUGUACUGCGAAAAUGGGUCCACGAUCCGAUCCAAUGGCGGUCGUAGAUCCCUCUUUAAAAGUAUAUGGAAUAGAAGGACUUCGAGUGAUCGAUGCUUCGAUCAUGCCCACGAUCACUAAUGGCAAUAUCAAUGCACCUGUGAUAAUGAUUGGUGAAAAAGGUUCGGAUCUCAUAAAGAAGGAUUGGAUGUUUAGACGAAAGAGAAGCAAUGAGACUAUCUCAGGUUCUUUCAAUCAAUAUUAGAUAUUUUGGAUAGUUCAUCGAAUGAAAGUAAAUUAAAUAUUUUUAUUAUUGCGUCAUAUAAAAUAAUUACGAGAAUAGGUAGAAAGCUUUAAUGAGUUGCUUUUUAAGGCUUAUGUUUCCUAUUUGUUUUUCUGUUGUAAGAAUGAUCUUUUAUAGAAUUAAUAUGUGCUUAAUCAAAAUCUAGUUAUAUCAUUUAUCUAUCAUAACCAAAUUAACUGUAAAUUGUUAGAGAUGAUUUAUAUUUUUAAAAACUCCAUAAUCGAAUUUGUUUACAUGUUAUCCAUUUGGAGUUAACAUUCAUUACAUCUUGGGAUUUUACAACGAAAAACUGUAGUUGGUCCUCUUACUUUUUUUUUCUUUUUUCUUGUUUUGUAAUUUUUUACCUAUAGAAUGUAAGAUAGCAUGUUCUUCCUUUUACAUCCUUAUCAUUCUUGACAUAAACAAGAAGCAAUUUCUGUUUUAUAAUCUUGGUGACUAUACAUUAUAUAAUAGCCAAUCUCUCCUUAUAUAAAUGCCAAGCAUGUAUUAUUUUUAAAUUCAAUAAUAGAUGCCAAUAUCAAUGAUAUCAUCUUUUUGAAUGAAUUUUUAUCCGGUACAAUGCAAUUAAUCAGUCGACUAAGUUUACCUCACCCGUGAAUUUAUUCUAUAACGCUACUAUAUUUGGGCUUUCAAGAUCAAUACUUUCCUAAGUCUUUUUGUCCCAUCUCUUCAAUGUACUUGUUAGCUGUGCUCCAUAAUAUAUAUUUAUUACAGUCACACCAUCUAUAUUUAUGCAGUAUUCUUUUUAACUGUUUUUUUUUCGCUAUUUCAUCAGAAUGAACAAUUUUUCCAUUUAUUUGACCGUACAGUUGUAAUGUUUUGAAUUUCGAUUUUGUGAAGUUCUCUUACUAAAUCAAAACUUUUUAACAACAAUUGUCUAAAUAAAUUUUGUGAAAUAAUAUUCUUAAUACAA